AAAAAAAAAAACGCCCAAAUUCCAACCUUGUGGUCGUCGCAUCCCUAAAAACCCUCUCCUUCUCCGGCGAACCCGAUGGAUAGAGGAAAAAUCAAGGAAUCACUCCCAGCUGACCUCAUUCUCGAGAUAUUCACGAGAUUGCCGUCGAAGUCAGUGGCUAGGUUUCGUACACUGUCGAAGCACUGGGCGUCUAUGCUUCGCAGUCCUGAUUUCACCAAGCUGUUCCUGAGCAGAUCAUCGACUCGUCCACGUCUCUUGUUUGCGGUCGAACGAUAUGGACGUACUGAAUGGCAAUUUUUCUCGACCCUUCAGCCUCAGAAUCGGUAUGAGAAGUCUUCUCAUGUCGAGUUUCAUACCAAGUUCUCAGGAGACAUUAGCCAAUACGCUUGUAGCUAUGCCUCAGGUUUGAUCUACUUCCCUGUUGUGCGGAUCAUUGAUACGGACACGAUUGUGAUUUGUAACCCUAUCACCGGAAUGUAUGUGGGCUUACCUGAAGUCAUGAAGUACAGUAGGUCGAAAGGCUUUUUAGGGUUUGAUCCCAUUGAUAAGCAAUUCAAGGCAUUGGAUUAUGAUUCCAUUCUAACAUUAGGAUCUGGAGAACUCAAGUGGAGGAUAAAGGAUAUCCAUGGUCCUUUGUAUGAUCGUUGUCCUUCGACUCAAGGGAUAUGCAUCAAUGGGGUUUUGUAUUACUUAGCUAGAACUUACUUAGCUGAAACACUUUCUUUGAUAGUUCGCUUUGCUGUUAGCUCUGAGGAGUUCAAGUUUAUUGACGCAGCAUGCUUUGAUGAUCAUAUAGAGGAUCCUACUGGAUUGAGGUUGGUCAACUAUAUGGGUAAAUUAGGUGUGACUAAUUGCGAUAAUGUUGACGCUGGUGGAAGACGUACAGUUGAGUUGUGUAUGUGGGUUCUAGAGGAUGUCGAGAAACACGAUUGGGUGAAAUAUGUCUACACUCUGCCAGAGAAUGAAGUCCUUGCUUCCUGCGAAUUUUCAGUUGCUGGAGUGACUGCAACAGGGGAUAUUGUCUUGUGUAUGAAAUAUACAUGUAAACCGUACUAUGUUUUCUACUUCAAUCCCGAAAAGAACACUCUCCAAAGUGUUGAAAUCCAAGGUUUUGGAGCUGAGCUUGAAGCGGUUGAGACUCGUGGUGAAGUUUAUGGCUUUGUUGACUAUGUAGAGGAUCUUAGUGUAAACGAUGCAAAGCAGUUCAAGUCAAGCAUUUCUCAUGUCAAGACUCGCUGCUCCUGCUGUAACACGUUAUAUCCUGACAACAUCGGGGAAGGGGAAGAGGUAGAUGAUGGUGUGAAAGAGACAUCAGUGAAGAUCAAGAAAGAAGAAGAAGAGAAGAGUAUUAGAGAGUAAAACAAUGAGACCAAUGUAUAGGUAAAAAGCUAUAGGGCAUGUCAUCUAUGCGUUUAUGUUCUUUAGUCAAUAGUAUUAGACGUUGGUAAAAGUCUGUGCGUUUUGGUAUAAAAUCGUAUGUACCUUGUGACUAUCUUUGGUUAAUCUAGUUUUUAUUUCUAAUUCCA